AUGGCAUCUCGCCCGCAGAAUGUCGUCCCUGUUCAGGGUGCUCCAGGCAUCCAGAAUCGCAGGGAGGAGCAGACUCACGCCGCCGAGAAUGAGAAUCUCCCAGAGUCUGCCAUUGAAUAUGAAGUCUACGAGAUUGAAAUGUCGGCCAGUGAAUUUGCACUGCUCAACGCCUUGCUUCAACGGGAGGCCGCCCAGUCCGCUGCAUUCAACGCGACCAACCACCCUCACGCGUACCUUGGACCCCAGAUGGAUUCUGUCGAUGCUUGGAUGAAUCAAAUUGAUCUCAUCCGGUGUGAGCAAGUCAUGGAAAUUGCCGCUAUAAAUACCCUGGAUGAUAAUCUGAAGAGACUUGAGCGAGACCUCCGCAAUUUGGAGGAGGGAAUGAAGCAGUUGCAGCUUUGGUUUAGCUUGGAGCAGAGGAUUCGGAUUAUCAUGCAGACGAUGUUCUUCGCUACGUGGUUCACUGUGUUCGUCCUUGCUGCCUUUGCUGUGGGCCGCAAGCUCUAG